AUGUCAUCGGCCGCUGGCGGGUACGGGGGCGGCGCCGAGCACCAGCAUCAGCAUCAGCAUCAGCAGCACCACCAGCACCAGCUGCUGCUGGGCCAGGCCGCGGCGGGCCAGCUCUACCACGUGCCGCAGCACAGCCGCCGCGAGAAGCUGCGGUUCCCGCCGGACCCGGCGGACUCCUCCUCGCCCACGCCGGGCGCCUGGCCGCCGCCCACGGUGCCCUUCUACUCCUACGCGUCCUCCUCCUCCUCCUACUCGCCGCACAGCCCCACGCUGGCGCACGCCCACAACCAGCUCCUGGUCCACGGGAUGCCGGCAGGAGCCCAGAUCCCGAGCCAGAACUUCGCGCUCUCGCUGUCCUCGUCCUCCUCGAACCCUCCGCCUCAGCAGCGGAGGCACCUCGCCGGUGCCACCGGGCCGUACGGGCCCUUCACGGGCUACGCAGCCGUGCUCGGGCGCUCUAGGUUCCUGGGCCCCGCGCAGAAGCUGCUGGAGGAGAUCUGCGACGUCGGCGGCCGGCCCUCGCAGCUGGACCGCUGCUCCGACGACGGGUUGCUCGACUUGGAUGCCAUGGACGCCGCGGGCGACGUCGGCCACGAGAUGGACAGCAGCGACCGCGCUGCCGCUGAGGGCGUCACGGUCUCCGGCGCCGAGCAACAGUGGAGGAAGACUAGGCUCAUCUCCCUCAUGGAAGAAGUUUGCAAGCGAUACAGGCAAUACUACCAGCAGCUCCAAGCUGUGAUCUCCUCGUUUGAAACCGUCGCCGGGCUGAGCAACGCCGCCCCCUUUGCCUCCAUCGCUCUCCGGACGAUGUCGAAGCAUUUCAAGUACCUAAAGAGCACCAUACAGAGCCAGCUGCGCAACACCAGCAAGGUGGCCGCCGGGAAAGACAGCCUCGGCAAGGAAGACAUGGCCAACUUCGGGCUCAUGGGCGGCAGCGCCGCCCUCAUGAGGGGAGGCAACGCGAACGCGUUCAGCCAGCCCCACAACAUUUGGCGGCCACAGAGGGGACUCCCAGAGCGCGCAGUGUCGGUUCUUCGCGCCUGGCUGUUCGAGCACUUCUUGCAUCCGUACCCAACUGAUAGCGACAAGCAAAUGUUGGCUAAACAAACAGGCUUAACGAGGAAUCAGGUCUCAAACUGGUUCAUCAACGCAAGGGUUAGACUCUGGAAGCCAAUGGUGGAAGAAAUCCACAACCUGGAGAUGCGGCAGGGGCAUAAGAGCUCGGCCGCCGACAAGAAUCAGCUCGGCGUGCAGCAGCAAACCCAGCAGCAUUCGCCGGACAGCAGCGGGAGGCCCUCCGAUCCUUCGAACUCACACCAAGGGCAAAGCAGCAGCAUGUCACAGAACCGCAGCGCCCACGCUGCACAUCGGCACAUCCAGAGCGAGCUCUCCCCGAUGACCCACGACAUGCCGGGACAGGUGAGCUUCGCGUACAACGGCAGCGGGAUGGCCGCGCACCACCAGCACCACCACGGCAUUGCACUGUCGCAUCCCCAUCAGCAGGUCGAAGGCGCGAGCGGCGCCGGGAGCAGCGGCGGCGUCUCCCUCACCCUCGGCCUCCACCAGAACAACCGGGCCUACAUCGCCGAGCCCCUCCCGGCGGCGCUCCCGCUCAACCUCGCGCACCGGUUCGGGCUGGAGGACGUCAGCGACGCCUACGCGAUGGCGGCCUCGUUCGGAGGCCAGGACCGGCACUUCACCAAGGAAAUGGGCGGCCAUCUGCUCCAUGACUUCGUUGGGUGA